UAUAAAAACCCUUCUAUUCUCAAAAGAUUUUGAACAGCCAAAUUCUCAUAUUUUAUUUCUCUUGGUUUUAUUUGUGCUUUUUUUGCUCAAAUCAAAGUCAAAAAUGACAUUCCUCGUUGCACAAACUGAUCAUGAAUUGGAUAACAAAAAGGCAAUUUCUGAUGGUAUAUUUGUUGUCCCUGGCAAUAAUGCAUUUGGCAACUCAUUCAGGGAUUAUAAUGCAGAGGCUGAACGUCAAAAGAUUGUCCGUGAACUCUAUCGCCAGAGUCACAUUAACCAAACAUAUGAUUUUGUGAAAAAGAUGAGGGAAGAAUAUGGUAAAAUGAAUAAAGUGGAGAUGAGUAUAUGGGAAUGUUGUGAACUUUUGAAUGAAGUUGUAGAUGAUAGUGAUCCUGAUUUGGAUGAACCACAAAUUGAGCAUUUGUUGCAAACUGCUGAAGCUAUUAGAAAGGAUUAUCCUAAUGAAGAUUGGUUACACUUAACUGGCCUAAUUCAUGAUCUAGGCAAAGUUCUUUUGCUUCCUAGCUUUGGAGGGCUUCCUCAAUGGGCUGUUGUUGGUGACACGUUCCCCCUUGGUUGUGCUUUUGAUGAAUCGAUUGUGCUUCAUGAGCAAUUGAAGGGAAAUCCUGAUAACAACAAUCCAACUUACAACACAAAAUAUGGAGUUUAUUCUGAAGGAUGUGGGCUUAAUAAUGUGGUGAUGUCUUGGGGCCAUGAUGACUAUAUGUACUUGGUGGCUAAGGCAAAUAAAACUACUCUUCCAUCUGCUGCAUUGUUCAUCAUCCGAUAUCAUUCCUUCUAUCCUCUGCAUAAGUCAGGGGCAUAUUCUCACUUGAUGAAUGAGGAGGAUCAUGAAAACUUGAAAUGGCUUCAAAUCUUCAGCAAAUAUGAUCUGUAUAGCAAGAGCAAUGUUAGGAUUGAUGUGGAAAAAGUGAAACCUUACUACAUGUCCCUCAUUGAGAAGUAUUUUCCAUCCAAGUUGAAGUGGUGAAAUCUCCCAGACAGGGAAGCUCUGAAACAAGAUGCUUGUGUAUUCAACAAAAAAAAAGAUUCAGGAACUAGUUAUGGGAUUUUAUUUGUGCAUUUUUUUCCUUUUUCUUGGGGGUGGGUGGGGGUGGGGUGGGGGUGGGGUAGGGUAGGAUAUGGUGUUCCUAAUGUUUCAUAAAUAAAAAAGUGUGUUUGUUCAAAAUGCAUUUGACUUUUGUUCAAUUAUUGUGAUGAAACAAACUAUAAUUGCUGUGAGAAUGCGUUGAAAUGCAAGCAAAUACAACGUAGCCACUGUAAUUCCAAAAGUAGGGUCUAGAGAGGGCAGAGUGUACACAGACCUUACCCCCUACCUCGGGAAAAUAGACCCUCGACAAGAAUGCAAGGAUAUCUAAGUUAAUCAUCAGAGCUACAAGGAACUUUGAAACAAAAGAAAGUUAUAUAAAAGCAAGACUUUCGUAACUGGCUUGAAGAUAACAAGUAAAUUUGUAUCAUUAACUCAACUAGCUUUGACAUUGGCAGCUCAUUAUCUGUUCAAACUCAUUGCUAGCAGCUCAAUAUCUGUAUAGAGUUGAGGUUUCAUUGCUUA